AUGACCGAGACUCCCCGACAUAGUGUAGGCACAGAAAGCCAUCACUCGACAAUUAGCUCCGAUUAUAAACGACGCAGCGAGAUCCACGAAGUCGAAGUUAUGCGCCUUCUCGCCGAAGGUCGUUUGCACUCUACACCUCGCUCAACGAGUCCAAAUAUACGACGCCCGAAGGCAUGGAAAGAUAUUCCUGCAUCAAUUUCGUCGAAAUCCUUGGACCAAAGCUUCGAACAUCCUCACGACUCACCGUCAGUGGGAGCGAAAAUGCGCAGAGAUCGUUUUGAUCGUCGCGAGGGUGAGGCUUCGAAUAUCCGCCCUGAUCCCGCUGACUUGGGUGAAGAAUAUUUACAUGGACAAAAAACCGUUCGGCGCUGGCCGCACAGCGUACCUUCUAAAUCCAGCUCAUUGAUACCCAAGACGUCAUUUCAAACACCCAGAAGCACCAGUCUCGACUCACUCGCCGCACGCAUGCAGGACGCUCAUCUCGAGUCGCCCGUGGCCUUCACGUCAUUAGACCCAAGCCAGUCAAAAAGUACAUCGAAGAUUUACACACGUCCUAUCGUGAACGCCCCUGCUUCAGGUAUGCCUUCACGACAUCGACAAAAUAUGCACUUGGCUCUUGCCCAAUGCCGCAAACAACGAGAAAGCUGUACUGGUGGUCCAGGACUAUCUACAGAGCUCAUGGAGCAGUUAGAAACUGUCGCCAAUCUCACAGACACCGUUAACCAAGGGCUGCGUCGCCUACUGAUGCGUGUGUUAGACGCACGCAUGGGCGAACAAUGGAUAUCUGACCCCGAAGACGCUUCCGACUUGGGCUCUGCAGCCUAUCUGGAUGCUGAACUCGGCAAGCUCCUCAACUACAGUGACGAUAAUGUACGCAGCAUGACUGACGCGCUUCUUCUGAUCCUUCGAGAGAGGCGGUCUACUCAAGUCUCGAACACUGCUUUCGAUAAACCCUCAGUCCCAAACACAUCAUCUAUGUACUAUUAUACACCCCGGCAAUACAGACAGCAAAAAGCAAUGUCGAUCGGACCAACAAGUGAGACGUUUCGGCGACCUCAUGACGCAUCCAAGUUCACUCGCAGACGUAGCCAGCCUAUGGCAGAGUUAUUGCACGAACCUUUAUUUCCUCACGCGGCUCCACGCGGCACAACACGCACAUUUUCUCCGACCAAUCACUCUCAUUCUUCACCACUUUCAUCCCUGCCGAUGAGCUCGCUUUGGUCCGCUGGCGGUCCUGCAUCUCUUACAGACAGGCGACCAGAUAUGCACCUGCGCCAUCUUGGUGGUUACGACGUAGAUUAA